GGCGAGCGGGGUUGAUGGGGGACAAUUCCGUGGAAACCAUCGACGACUGGGAGCGCCUCGAUGAAAUGCCGCCGACUUGCAUUUUGAUGGCGUGCCCUUGAACAUGUAAGACAUUGCCUGGCCGCCCCGACAUACGAGCCACGGUUUGUCAAUCCAGAUUCAAGUCUCCCUGCCAAACGCCAUACGACGCGGCUCACCACCAUGACGGAUCUCGCGGGCAAGGUCAUUGUCGUCACGGGCGGCUGCUCCGGGAUCGGCCUGGCUACGGUCAAGCGGUUAUUGGAGCUUCACGCGGACGUCGCCGUGGGAGACGUCGCGGAGCAGCCUGCGCCGGACCUGCAAGGCCACGUCUUCUACCGGCCGCUGGACGUCAGCGACCGUGGAAGCGCCCGGGCCUUCAUGUCAGCCGUGCUCGAGCGCUUCGGCCGGAUCGACGGGUUGGUGAGCAACGCCGGCAUCUGCCCGAACGAGGGCGAGAUGGCCAGCGACGACAUCUACGAACGCGUCAUGGCCGUCAACCUCCGGGGCGUGUGGAACAUGGGCACCGAGGCCAUCAAGAUCAUGGUGGACCAGCCGACCAAGGGCGUCAUCGUCAACACGGCGAGCGACGCAGCCCUCAAGGGCAUCAAGGGCCUCGCGGCGUAUACCGCCUCCAAGCACGGUGUCCUCGGCCUGACACGCGCGUGGUGCAAAGAGUGGACGCCCAAGGGGAUCAGGAUCAACGCGGUGGCUCCAGGAGUCACAAACACGCCCAUGGUUGCCCGGAUCGCCUCCGACCACACGGACGGCGAGGCCGCAACGAAGCAGUGGCUGCAAAACAUCCCCAUGGCGCGGUUUGGAGAGCCUGCCGAGAUUGCCAGCGUCAUAUGCUUCCUGCUCAGCAAAGACGCCAGCUUCAUGAGUGGGCAGGUUGUUCGGAUAGGCGGUGGAGAAGGGGAAUAGCUGCAUAGCAUGCUGUUGAGCCAGUUGCGCUUGAGUAACUUUACGGAUUGACAGAUCUCUCUGGAGCCUGUCUCAGGCCGUGAAUGGUCGUCUAUAUAAAGAAAUCGAAGCGGCAUCAGAGGAUG